GAGGAUCUACCUCUGUGGAGCUGGCAGCCGGUGCACAGUGCACUGAUCCACCUGUUGCACUUCUCAGGCAGUCAGGCUCCCUAGAAACUCUGUCCUUUGGUUGGGCAGAGGUGGGAGAUCAGGGGCUUGGCCAUGGAUCCUAAGGAGGCCAGCACCUCUGAAGCUAAGGAGAAGGAGAAGGAUAAAGGAAUAAAGAGGAGAACCAGGCUGUUCCAGAGGUACCUGGAAAGGAGGAAGACAGACACCAUUGUGGCUGAUGACUGCGAGAAGGGUGACAUCAACAUCGGGACGCUAGUGAGGAGGAGCCAGUCCGAUAAGACAGAAUACAGCAGUAAACUCAAAGAAAAAAUGGCCCCACACGAGCUGUCCCCCCUCGCUUCUUCGGUCCUUGACCCUGAGGAAGUCAGGCACAGGAAGAUGAUCAGAAGGUCAAAGGUCAUCCAUGAGCUGGUGCAGACUGAGAGAGACUAUCUGACUGAUACAGAGCUUUGUAUCAGAGAAGUACUCCAGCCACUCAGAGAAGCUCAGGUUGUGGAUGUGGAUCGGCUGUUCACCAACAUGGAGUCCGUCUGCGAGGUGUCAGCCGAGCUCCUGCACAGGUUAGAGGAGGCCACUGCAGAGCCUGACCCUGAAACUCAGGUCAUAGGUGAGGUAUUCAUACAGGCCAAAGCAGUGCUGGAGGAUGUCUAUAAAGUGUAUUGCUACCAGCAUGAUGAUGCCAACAUUUUACUGAAGUCCUAUGAAAAAGAUGAAGAAAUUAAACAGCAUUUCAAGACCUGUAUAUUAUCUCUCAAGCAAAUAUAUGACCGUGAAGGGAAGCCAAACUUGCUGGACAUGGGCUCACUGCUGAUUAAGCCAGUGCAGAGGGUGAUGAAGUACCCUCUGCUGCUGGGGGAGCUGUGGCAGGCCACGCCCGAUGACCACCCCGACAGCCAGCCGAUGAAGGAGGCCCUGACCGCCGCCAAGAUCAUCAAUCUCAACAUCAAUGAGUUCAAAAGGAGGAAAGACAUUGUGAUGAAGUACAAAAGAAGUGAGGAAGAGGGGACCCUGAUUGGCAAGCUGAACAAGUUUAACAUUCACUCCAUACGCAAGAAAUCAGACAGACUGACUGGCUACCUGAAGAUUCUCACCGGGGUGGAGCCUCAGGUCAAAGAUGAACUUUUCGACAGGGAGGAAAAGCUGUUUCGGGGCCUUGAGAAGGCUGUAAGACAGCUGGUUAAAAACGUAUGUUUUUACCUCCUUCAUGCCCAGGACAUGGUCUCUGUCGCAGUGCACAACGUUCAGGACCUGGAGAAUAUUAUAAAAGACCCAGACAAGAUCGACACGAAUGGCUCCCAGUACAGGAAAAAUGGCGGCGAUCCAUACAAGCAUUUUAAGGAGAGGAUGGAGCGGCUGGUGCUAUCGCCCUUGUCCGCGCUGCAGGGCAUGUUCCUGGCCCCUCAGAAGCUCAUCCAGAAGCGCUACGACAAGCUGCUGGACUACUGCAGCCACAUGGAGCGCUCGUCCCAGGAGGAGCAGGGCGUGGCCCGCCGGGACUACGAGGCCCUCAACGCCCAGCUGCUGGAGGAGCUGCAGAGGUUCAACCACGCCGCCAGGAGGAUCCUGACCAACUGCGUGUACUGCAUGGUCGCUCUGCUGAGGGUGCUAAUGGGCUCGGCCAAGCAGAAAGCCCCACCAAUACAGCAGUUACCAGCUCCCCUGUCGAACAUCAGCGAAGUGCAGAACAGCAUCAUGGACGAGCUGAAUAACCUGGCCUUCGUCAAAGACAACGCGCCCAAGCUCAUGGAGCGCAAAGUCAGCUUUGAUAAAACUAAGAAAAUAUUGCCGCCAGAGGUCACCCGCCAGACGGAGGGCCAGAGGGCGUCGCUGCUGUCGACCUACGCGCCCGACCGGCUGUACCAGCUCAAGCGCAACUGCAACGCCACGCAGGACCAGGACAUCAGCCUGCUGGAGGGGGAGCUGGUGGCGCUGGUGGAGGACAGGGACCCCCUCGGCAGCAGCAGCCGGUGGCUGGUCGACGCGGGCGGUACACGGGGGUACGUUUACUCCUCCUUCCUGAAGCAGUACAACCCGGGACGGAGGCUGAGCGGGGCGCAGGCCGAGCCCCCCGACGACUUUGACAACCUCAGCCUGUUCGUGUCGGGCAGCGGGAGCAGCAGCCUGCGCAGCUUCAGCCUCAACACCCCCAACAGCAGCUGCGGCUCCCUCGCCGGCCUCCAGGGGGAGCCGGAGUCCCCCGAGGACCCGGACCCCGAGGACCAGCAGUUCUACGCAGUGUACGCCUUCCAGGCACGCUGUGAACAGGAGCUGACCCUGCAGGAGUACCAGCACGUGCGCAUCCUCAAAUUCUGCGAUCUCAGCGGCAAUAAGGAAUGGUGGCUGGCGGAGGCCAAUGGACAGAGGGGAUACGUGCCCUCCAACUACCUCGGGAAGAUGUCUUAUGCUUAGCCGCCGACAAGUGAAGGAACAGCCGCAUAGGACCUGAUCGUCGCGCCCCAAUCCGUCUUUCUGUUCUGUCCAUUUCUUAUUUUUAUCCGAUAGAUAAGAAUGUGAAAGAAGCGUAACCCUUGCACUAUGACUUUCGUUCGAGGCACUUAGUAUUGCUACCUGCAGUGUUUAAUUAUGUGUUAUGCAUGAAUUGUCAAUGUGGAAUGUCGAUUGAAGUCUGUUAUAUUUUAGUAUGUUUUAUACAGAAAUGCACGCGUACAAACAUUCAUAAAUUCACCAAACAAAUGUAUUUUGACAGAGUUGUUAUAUGAAGAAAAUGUAUAAGAAAUAUAAGAAAUCUAAGUAAUAUGAAUCAUUAUAAUUAAUAUAUUGUCAAAUUGUUGGAAGAUUUAACUUUAUAAUGAAUGAAAUGGCAAUUCCAGAUGUGUCUAUAUUGAAUGAUAUUGCUACUUUAUGAUGAAUAAAGAUUUAUCCUGUU